CCCCCAGCGGCGGCCCCGAGCCCCACUCCCCGCCGGCCGCUCCGAGCACCAGCGCGCCCGGGCUCCAAACUCGGGCUGCCGGGCAAGUGCCUUCAUGAGCCCAGAGGAUGUCCGGGAAGCACUACAAGGGUCCUGAAGUCAGUUGUUGCAUCAAAUAUUUCAUAUUUGGCUUCAAUGUCAUAUUUUGGUUUCUGGGAAUAGCAUUUCUUGGAAUUGGACUGUGGGCGUGGAAUGAAAAAUUUUCUGUGUUCCUGGGCAUCAUUUUCUUCCUGGAGCUCACUGCCGGGGUCCUGGCAUUUGUUUUCAAAGACUGGAUCAAAGACCAGCUGUAUUUCUUUAUAAACAACAACAUCAGAGCGUACAGGGAUGACAUUGAUUUGCAAAACCUCAUAGACUUCACCCAGGAAUAUUGGCAGUGCUGUGGGGCUUUUGGAGCUGAUGAUUGGAACCUAAAUAUUUACUUCAAUUGCACAGAUUCCAAUGCAAGUCGGGAGAGGUGCGGCGUGCCAUUCUCCUGCUGUACUAAAGAUCCCGCGGAAGAUGUCAUCAACACUCAGUGUGGCUAUGAUGCCAGGCAGAAACCAGAGGUCGACCAGCAGAUCGUAAUCUACACGAAAGGCUGCGUGCCCCAGUUUGAGAAGUGGCUGCAGGACAAUUUAACCAUCGUGGCCGGUGUGUUCAUAGGCAUUGCGUUGCUACAGAUUUUUGGGAUAUGCCUGGCCCAGAACCUGGUGAGCGACAUCGAAGCUGUCAGGGCCAGCUGGUAGAGCAGAGCGCCUGCCACCGCCGCAGAACACUGGACACCCAGCCUCCCGCACCCUCCAGCGGCCCGACCGCGUCCACGCCGCACAGAGCAGUCACAGGGGCAUCCUGCAAUCCCACCUGACGGAGCUGCCAAGAACUUGUUUUGGGGGGUGAAGCUGAGAAAUGCUGCUUACUGACAGAAUUAAAGAAACAAUAACCAGUAUGCAAGUCGUUGCGCCGUGAAUCUCUACUGUAGCCAUGAAUUUAUGGAUGGUUGGAUCCUUAACCAAAAAAAGAGGAAAAGGGAGGGUGGGGAACCCGUAUGUACUUGAAUGUGUGGGGAAAGCCUUGUUCUCCACAGGAGCGAUUGGAGGGCUGGGAGAGGCAGCGUUGCCCUUCCUCACGCUGUGGCCUGAAGAUGUGAUCUUUCCUGGAACCCAGCCCCUGCCCUGUGAGGGCUGGGCCACUGGCGUCCCUUCACUGGACAUCGCAAGGAACUGCGACAACUCGCGUCCCAGGGAGAAAACAGCUUGUCCUUGGGGUCAGAUUUCGAGAUUGAGUUUAGCAAGUGACGAGCCGGCACAUUGGGCCUCCUGAUGAGAGAAGUUGUGUAUUUCAGGUGCACUGAGCAGACCCUGGGAGCACCCCGUGAGGCUGGAAUUCAGCAGGACAGAUCUUUUUUCUAAGGGGCCUGCGCUUUAUUUACCUGUGACAUCCAAGGAGAAAAUGAGGCUCGACGAGGUAUUAGUUGGAUACACCCUCACCCCAGCCACUGAAGUAGGUGUCGGAUUCUUCAGAAACUCUGCGGCUUUGGCUUUUUUUUUUUCUUGCCUUUUUUUGUUUUAGACUCCCCAAAAGCUGCCGUUUCUGUUAAAUUUUUAAGUGUUUCCUUACAAGCUCGAAUAUUAAUUUUGUGUGUGUAAUCUCCCCGCAUGACCUGUGAAUCUGAACCCACCAUUCUUUCCUCCCGCUAUCUCUCCGACAACAUUGAUAGGUGUGGUGUGGUGUGGUCAGCACUGGGUGGGUUCACGCCCUGAGAGGGGUGGCGGUCCCGCCUGGCUGGGAAGGGGCCAGCUGGGCCCACGAUAUGCUUCCAUGGACUCAGCAAUCGCUCAGCCAUACGGGUCGCCAUGGUUUCCGCUGCGUCCUGCCCCCCUCUCUCCUGGAAUGGAAGUGAACCCCUUUCCAAAACAACGCUGACACAUCAGAAAGCUUCUAGUGGGGUUUUUCCCUCUUCUGGUUUUAGUUUUUUUUUUUUUUUUUUUAAAGAGAAGAGUGAGUGGGCAGAGCUCUUUCUGUUCUCGUAGUGCAGGCUAACCAUCAGGAUGGCGAUAAAGCACAAAUACUCCGAGGGGGGACAUUGGCGGGCAGGUGUUCUGAGUCUGAGAGGAAAACCACCUCCAGGUGCUGCCACCCACCCUGGCCCGCCUCCAGGUGGGAGGGACCCGUUUUGCCCCCAGAUUUUAAUCCAACCUCAUCUACCGGGAUGUCACUCUCCCGGGGAGCAGGUAUAGUCUGUGGAGCGCUGGGAAAACCACAGGCGUGUUUCACGGUGAUGACACGUUCUCCAACGCAUCGCUGGGCAGCCGGCGAGGUACUUUGUGAACUUGAGCAAGGCUUUCUGCACCCGCCCCCUGGUGCAUCGCUGCGGUCGGUGCACG